AUGCCAACCAUCAAAAGGUCUGACUUCGUUGCAAACGAACUUCCACGGCUAUACAUGAACAAAUAUCGAGUACGACUGCUGGAGACAUCAACGGUACCGAUAAUUGGUGAAAUGGCACUGUUCAAAGAAAAAGAAUUAAUUGUGAUCGAUCUUCCACCGAACGCAAAACAACAAUCCAAACAGGAGAGCGAAAAUGAGGCGAGUGCUUAUGGAAAUUCGAGUACGAUAACAGAUAGCUCUGAUCAAGCUGGCUCACCACUCAAGUUCAGUUUCAUUACACUCGAAAAACUGCGGCAAAACGAUACGAGAUAUGAUACAGUAAAUUUUGGUGAGUUUGAUUUGAAUGAGACUGCAUUUGAUUGUAAUCCGUUGCGAUCUGUAGACGGUCGUCGACUCGUGAAUAGUUUGACGGUUGAUGAAUGGCCGUUAGAUGCAGAAUCGUUUGGAAAUGUGACCGUGUGGAUCGUGUUGAAUGCAUCGGACGCAAUGAAAACCGCGUUUCUUGGUGUGAAUCGAUCUCACAAUCUUAUUAUUACACAUAACGUUCGUUGUUUUGCGAAAGGCGAUCCAACGCUCGAAAAUUACAUACAGCCAAAGUUCAGAUUCCUUGAUCAGUUUCAGGUAUCGAAUUCGGCGUAUUGUUCAUACGAUCUUAUCCCAGCCGAGGGAAACGCAAAUACGGAUGCGGUCACAAGAAUCACCGCCAACGUUCAACUGUUAGCUAAUUGGCGUUCUAAGAGUGACGACGAUUCAUUGCUGGUGCAACCGCCGUAUUCAGCAUCUGUUUCUUUGAGCGUUAGUGCCGGAUGGUUAGACAAACGAAUGCCCUACAGUGAAUGGUCACAAGAGCUGUGUAUUUUGUUGGCACUGGGGAAUGCGCUCCGAACUGGCACAAUGAAAUGGCAACCGAUCGAUGCGAGUGUGACCACUGAGAAAUUGAAACACUCAUUGAAAGCGCUUCUUGAAGGUGAGAUGCAUUCGAAUAAUAAGAGUACAAUAGCACGUCUGAUGAAGGAUGCUUGUGCAGGAGACUUGAAGCUGCCACGAUUGGAGGGUCUGACCCCGCUGGAGAUUCUUCUUGAGGCUGGACUGGAAUACUUUCAACGAAGCUGUAUUCACCAAUUGAUCGCAAAUGGUAUUCUGCAAGACAAGUUCAUUUUUUUGUUGUUAGGCAAUAAAGCAGUUGAAUUGAUGAUAAGGAUGAAUGAUUUGUAUUUUUUGUUUUUCGAAAAAUGGUUUAGAAUUUUAGGAUUUGUGGUGAGUGCAAAUGAAUUAGAAACACUGUAUAGGAUCAGUGCGAAUCUAUCGAGUGAGGAUCGUGUCGACCGAGUGUUCAUUCUAUUCCAAGCACUCGUUGUGAUGUGCUGCUGUAAGCAAUAUCUUAAUCUGCAUCAUCAACAGAGAAACCUUCUGGCCAGGUAG